UKAACUUUUCUUAUUUUCCUCCAGGUUUUUUGAGAUAAAUUGAGAAUUAUGRUAAGAGAACUGGYACUUUGCGUGCUGUUUGCWKUCAUAAUCACUAGAGUUGGAUCGUUCUCCCCUCCAAAGUAUUCAACCUGCAACAAAAAGGAUUUCGGACAUGGCUCUUUUGUUUGUGUCUGCAAUGAAGAUGCAUGUGAUCAUUUUGACGAAAGGGGGUCUUCUCCACUUAAGACUGGACAAUUUGCAGUGUAUACAAGCUCAAAGGAUGGACAGAGAUUUGAUUUGAAAUUAGGGAUGUUUAAUAAAAGUUCGAGUUCACGUUUAGAAAAUGUUUUUAAUUUGACAGUAGAUGAAUCAGUGACUUAUCAAAGUAUUCUUGGUUUUGGAGGUGCUUUUACUGAUGCAGCCACAAUUAACAUUUUGAACAUCACUAAAACCCUGCAAGAAAAACUCCUCCAGUCAUACUAUUCUACAUCUGGAAUUGAAUAUAACAUUGGACGCAUCCCUAUGGCAAGCUGUGACUUCUCCACAAGAGAGUACUCCUAUGAUGACUUUAAUGGUGACUUUGAACUGAGCAACUUUUCUUUAGCUAAUGAAGAUCUGCAGUUUAAAAUUCCUGUUAUGAAGUCAGCCAUUGAAAUGAGUGGAAAACAAGACAUUUUGUUUUUUGGAAGUCCAUGGUCUGCUCCAUCAUGGAUGAAAACAAAUGGGAAGAUGACAGGUUUUGGUCAACUCAAAGGAAAACCAGGGGAUGAGUAUCAUAAGACCUGGGCAAUGUAUUUUGCUAAGUUCAUCAAAGCUUAUGAGGACAARGGAAUUAAGUUAUGGGGGAUCACUGUGCAGAAUGAGCCAUCUGAUGGAUUUCUUCCAGGCUUUARAUUCCAAUGUAUGGGAUUCAGUCCUGAAGCUGAGCGUGAUUUUAUCAAGMUUGACUUGGGACCAACUCUAGCACAGCAAGGUUAUAAAGAYGUCAAGGUCAUGAUGUUAGAUGACCAAAGAUUGUUUGUUAAUCACUGGUCUAAAACCAUACUUARYGAUCCUGAUGCAGCUAAAUAUGUGUCAGGAAUAGCAGUCCAUUGGUAUUGGGACUGGUUAGCUCCUGCUUCAGACCUCACACAAGCACAUAACAGUUUUCCAGAUUAUUUUAUGCUGGCAACAGAAGCUUGUGUAGAUUCGUCCUUGAUCAGUAACAAAUUCUCCAAAAAUGCUGUGGCUCUUGGAGACUGGAGCAGAGGGGAGAGAUACAGCAAUAGCAUUAUUGAGGACCUAUCCCAUUGGGUAGUCGGCUGGGUUGACUGGAACAUUGCUCUCAACAUGGUCGGAGGACCAAACUGGGUAGAAAACUUUGUAGACUCUCCUAUUAUUGUUGAUUCAGCAAACAAAGUUUUUUAUAAGCAGCCAUUGUACUUCCAUCUCGGUCACUUUGCAAAGUUUGUUCCWCGAGGAUCUAARAGAAUUGCUGUUAAAUYUUCUGAAAAAUUGCCACUGGAAUUCAUUGGAUUUCUUACCCCUGACUCUAGUGUAGUAUUAGUUGUUUUAAAUAGGGAAGAGAAACCUGUAGAUAUUGACAUAGUAGACCCAAGUCUUGGUUUGAUAAGUGCUGUAGUCCCAGCAUCAUCCAUACAGACAUACAUAUGGGAUAAGCCUGCAAUCUGAAAUGUGUCGUUUGAUAUAAUUUUGAUAAAUUUUGAAACAAUAUUCAGUUUUUUUCUAGCACAGUAUGUAAAUUUUUUAAACGAAGAAAAAUAGAAAUAAUUUCAACAAGAAAAUAAAAGAAUGAACAAAAAUAAA